AGAACAUCAAGCAGAUGCGUGGAUCUGAUGGAGAGGAGAGCAGUUCCUCUGAACCCAGCACCCUAGAAGAGGGAGAAGCAGAAGCAGACUGGCUGCAGGACACCGGUCUUUCUCCUCUCAUCGGUGACCCCAGUCCUACAGAAGGCAAUGUACUCAUUUUGUCGACCCUUACCCGAACGCAGACUGCGGCUGUACAGCGUCGACUGGACAGUUAUAGCCGCUCUCUUCGGAAACGUUACAAGCAGCCAGUACGAGAUGUCCGAGAAGUGUUCCCUGCAGACGAUGUUUUGGAAGAAAAAGAGACAGAUGAUGAAAGUAAAACAGAAGACAACAGAAGUAGCAGCGAGAACACUCCAAAAUCUACCCACAGCCUACUCAAUAGACGCCCCAGUGCAUCUAAUGUUUUUGAUACAGAAAUUGCAUAUUCAGAACAAGCGACAUUUGGACAACAUGAGGACUGCAAAACGGACCGCAAACCAGAAAAGCUACCUCGUUUUCAUAUCCAAAAGGGACGA